GAAGAGUAAGAACAAUUUCUAAUAAUAGAAUGUAUCAGCAUCGUCGACCUCUCUGCUGCUGCUUUUUGUCUCGGGAUUAAACAAAACAAUAGAAAAUGAGAACAAAUCCCUUUAAUUUCUCCGCCUAUUUCGUGACACAUAAUGCAUGACGGGAAGGGGCAUUAACAUUUCUCUUCACCGAUUUUGUUUAUUGGUGAUCUCUUGGUUCAACAACUAAUCCCUCCCCUCCCAUCUAUAAUUCUUAUUCUUUAAUUCCCACAUUCUUACUUUGGAGUUUGAGACACCCAAACGCACACUUGUUCGGAGCUACACCCAAUUUCUCGAAUGGGAAGAAUUGGAGCCAUGAAUUCCACUGGGCAUUCUUGAGGUAUGGGUUCUUCAGCUAUUGAAGAAAACACAUACAAUGGCAAAAGAUUUGUGACCAUAAUGGAUCCUCAGGCUUUUAUUAGGUUGUCAAUAGGCUCACUGCGACUGAGGAUUCCUGGAGCAGCUUUGAACUCGGUGAGUUCUGGAAUUCAGGCACUCUCUUCUCCAUGUUCAUGUGAAAUUCGUCUUCGAGGUUUUCCUGUGCAGACGACGUCAGUCCCUUUAGUAACCUCUUCUCAAGCUACACCUGAUUCUCAUAGCAUUGCCUCAAGCUUUUAUCUUGAAGAAUCCGAUCUGAAGGCAUUGUUGGCACCUGGCUGUUUCUAUAGCACUCAUGCGUGUUUGGAGGUUGUUGUUUUUACGGGGAGGAAGGGAUCCCAUUGUGGCGUAGGCACCAAGAGGCAUCAGAUUGGGACAUUUAAGCUGGAGGUUGGUCCCGAAUGGGGUGAAGGGAAGCCAGUAAUUCUUUUCAAUGGUUGGAUAGGUAUUGGCAAAAACAAGCAGGAGAGUGGAAAACCAGGAGCAGAGCUUCAUUUGAGAGUGAAACUGGACCCUGAUCCAAGAUAUAUUUUCCAGUUUGAAGAGGUGACUAGAUUGAGUCCUCAAAUCGUUCAGCUUCAAGGCUCCAUUAAGCAGCCUAUCUUCAGUUGCAAGUUUAGUCGAGACAGGGUACCUCAGGUAGAUCCAUUGAGCGCUUACUGGUCAGGUUCUGCUGAUGGUUCUGAGCUAGAGAUGGAGAGAAGAGAGAGGAAGGGGUGGAAGGUGAAGAUACAUGAUCUCUCUGGUUCGGCUGUUGCAGCAGCCUUCAUAACAACUCCAUUUGUGCCAUCAACAGGUUGUGAUUGGGUGGCCAGGUCCAACCCAGGAGCUUGGUUGAUUGUUCGACCUGAUGUUUGCAGGGCUGAGAGCUGGCAGCCAUGGGGAAAGCUUGAGGCAUGGCGUGAACGUGGCAUCAGAGAUUCUGUCUGCUGCCGAUUUCGCCUUCUUUCUGAAGGCCAAGAGGGAGGGGAGCUUCUCAUGUCAGAGAUAUUUAUCAAUGCUGAAAAGGGAGGUGAGUUUUUCAUAGACAGUGACAGACAAAUGCGAGCAGCAGCGGCAAGUCCGAUACCAAGCCCGCAAAGCAGUGGAGACUUUGCAGCAUUGUGUCCUGUUGUUGGAGGUUUUGUCAUGAGCUGUAGAGUGCAAGGGGAAGGGAAGAGUAGCAAGCCGUUGGUACAACUGGCCAUGCGACACAUAACAUGUGUGGAGGAUGCUGCCAUCUUUAUGGCACUAGCAGCAGCUGUUGAUCUCAGCAUUGAGGCUUGUCGGCCCUUCCGUAGGAAGAUCAAGAGAGGGUCCCGUCAUUCUGUAUGAAGACUCCCUGUUUAGAUCUUUACUUGCAAAAAUUGUUGGCCUCAAGUAUAGCAGUUAUAGCCUGCAAGAGAGCAAUCUGCCCCGGCAUGACUUGGGGGAGGGUAGUUUCUUUGGAAAAGCAAGUUUCAGUGAAUCCCAAAUGGGUGUUUCAGUAGAAUUAGUGGAACUUAGUUGCUCAUGUUUCCGCAAGAGGGUUUCCGGAACUUUUGUAAUUAUUGUUAGUUAAGGCUGAAAAUAACAGAUUGGCGAACUCAUAAGUGUUUAAUCCAUUGGGAAACAGGUUACUAGUUGACUUGCUGUAAGUAUUGUAAUAUAAGUCGAAACCUGUUUGCCACUACUC